GGCUUGCUUAGAUGCAGCAAGAGUUGCCGGCUCCGGUGGACGAAUUACCUCCGGCCGGGGAUCAAACUCGGGAAUUUCACUGAACAAGAGGAGAAGAUGAUUACCCACCUCCAAGCUCUUCUUGGAAAUAGGUGGGCCGCCAUAGCAUCAUACCUCCCUCAAAGAACAGACAACGAUAUCAAAAAUCACUGGAACACACACUUGAAGAAGAAGAUGGCAAACAAAACUAAUAAUGAAAAUGGAAAUUCAUCAGAUAUCACUAAAUCUCAGCCACCUUCAAAGGGCCAAUGGGAAAGAAGGCUUCAAACAGAUAUCCAAACAGCCAAACAGGCCUUGCGCGAGGCCCUUUCACUAGAUAAACCAUCAGGCCCAAAGCCCAAGCCCUCUGCCCCACAAAUUGCCAGCCCAAUCUAUGCAUUGAGCGCAGAAAACAUCGCUCACUUACUCGGUGAUUGGACGAAAAAGUCCCCAAAAAAAGUUUAUAGGCCGGGUUCGCCCGACAGUAACCCUUCAUCGGCGGGCCCGACUUGUAGCCCGAGUGAGGGGCAAAUGAGUAAUUUCACUUUUGCCGGGUUCAAUGCUUUAACUUCGGAGAUUGACCAAGAUGUAGUUGCAAGUUUGACUAGUGCACAUGAAAAUGAGCUUGUCCAAGAUCAUGAGGGUAAAAUGACCCAAAUGCCGCUUUGCCUGCUGGAAAAAUGGCUAUUUGAUGAGGCGGCUGCACAAGGGCAGGAUGGGAAUUUCAUGGAUACGGCCUUGGGACAAACUGCUGAUUUGUUCUGAAUUACAAAUUUAGAAUUAAGGACAAACAAAAAAAAUUGUAAUUUUGUUAAGCAGUUUGGAAGGUGUUUUGUUCAGCAGGUUUAUACUUUUUAGGAUUUGAACUAAUAGUUUUUUUGUUUUUUUGUUUUUUCUUUUUAACGUCUAAACUUUUUCAAUAUAUGAUGUCAUGUGUUUGGAGAACAGAAAUAAAGCUUCAGAUAACACUGACUUUCAUGAACAUUAGUUAUUACUCAU